AAUUUAAAAAGUACCGAACCGGAUCCCAUUGAUUGAGACAACUUGAGCAGAGAGGAAUUAGAAGAAACUCAUGUCGUUCGUUCUUCCGCCCAAAUCGUAGCAAAACCAGAGAUCCUGGAUCCUCUAAUGUCGAUCAAGACCUCCUUGUCUCGAGAUUCAAUGGUUUACCUUGAUUACUAGAUUAUUUGAGGUAGGAAGGUAAAGGAUCUGUAACCAGAGACUCUGUUUUGAAAUGUGCAAUGUGAUAGACAAGAAUAAUCUGCUUACAGCGAAGAACCGGAGUAAUGAUAAUUUCUGAAAGGUUCUGGUCGAAGACGUGACUGUUUCCUAUUGCUGCUGUAUUAUCUACUACACCUAAUCUGGUUGUUCUGGUUUAAGCAAAAUAUGAGAUUUUGGAAGGAACGUGAAAGGGAAAAUAAGGAACAGAUCGUCUCGCCUUUAUGCGGCCAAAUUCGAGUUUUGGUGGUUGGUGAUUCAGGUGUGGGGAAAUCAUCUCUUGUGCAUCUAAUUGUCAAAGGCUCAUCUAUUGUUCGUCCAUCUCAAACAAUUGGAUGUACAGUUGGUGUCAAGUACUUAACUUACGCGAGUCCUGCUAGUUCUUCAAGUAGCAUUAAAGGUGAUUCAGAGAGAGAUUUCUUUGUCGAACUUUGGGAUGUAUCAGGUCAUGAACGAUACAAAGAUUGUCGCUCACUGUUCUAUUCACAAGUUAAUGGAGUUAUUUUUGUCCAUGAUCUUUCCCAAAGAAGAACAAAAACGAGUUUGCAGAAAUGGGCGGGAGAAAUAUCAGUAACUGGGACGUUUUCAGCUCCUCUUUCUUCUGGUGGGCCUGGUGGUCUUCCCGUCCCAUACAUCGUUAUUGGAAACAAAGCUGAUAUUGCUGCAAAGGAAGGAGCAAGUGGAAGCAGUGGCAAUCUUGUUGAUGCAGCUCGUCAGUGGGUUGAGAAACAAGGUCUGCUUCCCCAUAGUGAUGAACUUCCUCUCUCUGAGAGCUUCUCUAGCAAUGGUGGUCUCAUAAUGGCUGCAAAGGAAGCGAGAUAUGACAAAGAAGCUCUGAACAAAUUUUUCCGUAUGUUGAUAAGGAGAAGAUAUUUUUCAGACGAACUACCGUCGUCUUCUUCAGCAUGGUCUCUUUCCCCUGCACCUUCCCAGCGGUUAGAGGAGGGCACAAGCGAUGAAGAUCAGUUCUAUAAAAGGACAAGCCUAAGGGGAGGAGAUCCUUACAAUUAUAACACGUUACCGCCACACAACCUGACGCAGCCUCCUAAACUCUAUCCGCAGCAACCACCUGAUCGUUACAAUUAUGCCAUCCCGAGAUUCUCAUUUUCCAGUGUAGAGGAAACCAACAAUGGUAAUGGCAGGUCUAACCGGAUGGAUAUUAACGUCUGAGAAAUUAAACCACGGAUAAAAAUCUCACAUGAUUCUUCUGUAAUAUACUGCAAACAUAAUCUCACAUUAUUUUCUAAGUUAUAUAUAUUAUAUUAUUUAUGUGAUAAAAGUGUAAUGUUUGAAUUUUUUUUAA